AUGGCUUUCCCUUAUAAGCACGUUCUACUCAUUGGAGCCACUGCUGGCAUUGGUCGUGCCAUGGCCGAUCGACUAAUUCAAGCCGGCGUCAAGGUCACAGCUGUUGGUCGUCGGAAGGACCGCCUGGACGACUUCGUCCAGAAACAUGGAGAGCAAAUGGCCAGCGCAGUUCCCUUCGACAUCUCCGUCCUGGAGAACAUCCCCAAGUUUGCAGCUGAAAUCAUCGACUCUUACCCAGAUGUGGACUGCAUUUUCCUCAACGCAGGAAUCCAAGCCCCAUUUGAUCUUGGCGAUCAGGCCCAAUUCGACUUGGAGAAAUUCAACCAGCAAAUGACCGUCAAUUUCUCUAGUCUGGUCGCCUUGACGCAUGCCUUUUUACCCUUUCUGGUCGGCAAAGAAAACCCCACCAGUAUCAUCUUUACCGGAUCAAAUGUGGCUAUUGUCCCGGCUGCAUCUCUGCCGGCAUAUUCUGCCUCCAAGGCUGCAUUGAACGUGUUCACCUUGUGUCUGCGGGAGCAGCUGCAAAACUCCAACGUGGCGGUGAUUGAGAUUUCUCCUCCACCUGUGCAGACCGAGAUACAUGACCAUUUGGGCGAGGAGACCGGACGCAACUUUGGGAUGCCCAUCGACACCUUUACUGACCUUGCAUUCAAAGGGCUUGUUGCGGGACAAGACCAGAUUGUGAUAGGCAGUAUUGGGCCUGCUGAGACGUUCAAUGCGAUGAUCGACCAGAGGCGCAAGGCGUUUGAGGAUUUGGCGAAACGCACCAUUACCAAUGUCACCUUUGAGGAUCUCGUCGUCAACGGUAAGACGAUCUACGAUGGGAUGAAGAAGCCGAGUUGGUACUACACGGCUGACUUUGUGCCCAUGUUUGCCAACGAACACAUUCACAACCUGACGUUCACUGCUCCGUGA